AUGAUGACUGAGUCCAUUAGAAAUAUAGAAACCUGUGUUUACAUCUAUCUAUCUAUCUAUCUAUCUAUCUAUCUAUCUAUCUAUCUAUCUAUCUAUCUAUCUACCCCAGUCUUUAUAUAUAUAUAUAUUAGUCUUUUUUUAUCUAUCUAUCUAUCUAUCUAUCUAUCUAUCUAUCUAUCUAUCUAUCUAUCUAUCACAGUCUUUAUAUAUAUAUAUAUAUAUAUAUAUAUAUAUAUAUAUAUAUAUUACCCAUUUUAUCUAUCUAUCUAUCUAUCUAUCUAUCUAUCUAUCUAUCUAUCUAUCUAUCUAUCUAUCUAUCUAUCACAAAGAAUCAUUUAUCUAUCUACCACAGAUGGAAUCUAUCUAUCUCUAUCUAUCUAUCUAUCUAUCUAUCUAUCUAUCUAUCUAUCUAUCUAUCUAUCCCACCUUCUUCUGAAUUUCCUCUCUUCUUUAUUUCUGUUCAUUUCUAUUCAUUCACUUUUCAUUUAUUUUAAAACUUUUCCAUCUUCCUCAUUAGAUCGUUUGUUUCUUGCCCCUCGUCUUCUUUUUCUUUCUUUCUUUUUUUGUUGCUUUGAUCUUAAGCCUUUCUUCAAUCUUACCUUCUGUUUUCCUCUCUCUCAUCUUUCUACCCUAUCUGCAAACUACCUGACACCACCCAAACCUUUAUUCUCCUAUCAUUUCCCUGUUUGUCCAGCAAGGCCGACCGCCUGUCCAGACAGCCAAGCCAUGAGCAAGCAAUCUAACCUUGUCCAGUCACCUUAA